AGAAACGGGCACUUUUAGAAGAGGGGAAGGAGAGGCACCAUAUUCAAUGCUUUACCAAACUCACCACCAUCCUUUUAUCUUCUCUCCCUCUCACCACCACCACCUCCUCCUCCACCUCCAUCCGCACCCUCUCUCUCUACCUCUCUCCUCCGCCUCUCCGUCGAAUCUUCUUCUCUCCUUCCUCCCUCAGGAAAUGGAACGCGUUGAAGGGGCGUUGAAGAGCAGUGUUAGGAAGGAGAUGGCCAUGAGACUCACCCCGCCGGCGUUCGUCGACGACUUGCUCGCCGUCAGCUCCCAGAAUGGCGUUUGUCCCGAAGAUUUCUCCGUCGACGACUUGCUCGACUUGUCCAACGACGACGUUUUCGCUGACGAAGUCGCCGGCGAAGAUGCCCAGCCCAACGACCAGCCGGAGAGAGCCUCUGUUUCCUCGGAGGACCCUCAGUGUGACGGAAAUACCCUUCUCCGGUGCACACAUUUCUCCGCCGGCGAUGAUUUUGGUCCAGCCCCGACAAGCGAGCUCUCCGUUCCGGCGGAUGAUUUGGCGAACUUGGAAUGGCUAUCGCAUUUCGUAGACGACUCUUUCUCGGAAUAUUCGGCACCGUAUCUCACCGGGUCGCCGAGGGAGAAACCGGCAUGGUUGACUGGCGACCGGAAACACCCGGUGACUCCGGUCAACGAAGAGUCAUGCUUCAAAGCCCCUGUCCCGGCCAAAGCCCGAAGCAAGCGGGCCCGCACCGGCGGUCGCGUCUGGUCGUUCGGGUCACCGUCGUUCACCGACUCUUCGUCGAGUUCAACGUCUUCGUCUUCCUCGUCGGGACCGACGAGCCCGUGGUUCGGCGGCGCUGAGCUUCUGGAGCCGGUGGUGACGUCGGAGAGACCGCCGGUGCCCAAAAGACAGAAGAAGAAGCCGUCGGAGGCGGUCGCCGGCGGGCAGCAGCCGCGGAGGUGCAGCCACUGUGGGGUUCAGAAAACGCCGCAGUGGAGAGCGGGGCCUUUGGGAGCGAAGACGCUCUGCAAUGCUUGCGGCGUCAGGUACAAAUCGGGUCGGUUAUUACCCGAAUACCGACCCGCUUCCAGCCCCACCUUCUCGAGCGAGCGUCACUCCAACCACCACCGGAAAGUUCUCGAGAUGCGGCGGAAGAAGGACCCGGUCGGCGGCGGAGAAGACAUCGAACCCGGUUUGAACCUCCCGGUUCAGACCGCCUCGGUUGUCCCCAGUUUUUGAAGAAUUAGGAUCCGACCCGGUUCAGUCUUUUUAGGCCCCCCAGUUAGUGUCUCGUUAACUCUGUAUAUUAUUUGAAUUUUUUCCUGUCAUGUUAGUCGCUGUAGACUGAUAGCAACUGAUUAGGCUCGGAAUCAAAUUAUAGUUAUGUACUCUUUGGUAUUAAUUUGGAUUUUAAAUUUAUUUUCCCGCAUGGAGUGAAUUUGAAACCCUUGGAGGUUUUUUUCUU